AUGGGAGCAUACAAGUACUGUCAUUCCAACCUAGCUACGCACCUAAAAGCUGCAAUUUGAAAGAGAGAGAGAUCAAGAGGAAGAGGAUCGGAGAAGACGGAGAUGGCGGACUGGGGGCCGGUGUUUGUGGCGGUAGUGCUGUUCAUACUGUUAACGCCAGGCUUGCUGAUACAGAUACCCGGAACGACGAGGAGUGUGGAGUUUGGGAAUUUCAGGACCAGUGGAGUCUCCAUUCUCGUUCAUUCUUUUCUCUACUUUGCUCUCAUUUGCCUCUUCUAUUUUGUUAUUGGCUUCCACUUGUAUUUGGGUUAACUAAUUUAUCAUCUCUACGUGUAUAUCUUCACUCCCGAUCUCCUUUCACUUCUGCUUCCUCUUUCUGUUUUUGCUUUUAGUGGCUAGGGUUUUACCAGCUUGGAGCGAGUUUCCUGGUAAUUACUGUAAGCAUGAUCUCUUGUAUUUUAAUUAGUUAUUCUCGUUUA